AUGACACGGUUGGGAACUAUACAAUGUGGAAAUAAGAUAAAAUGCCGAGACUUUUACUCUCCUGAACUAUAUAAUUUGCUUAUAUAUACUCCAUCUACAAGCGUCAAUCCUGUCUCAAAUAAUGUUGGAAUAUUUGACCCUAUAUUCGACGAGACCUCUGAUAAGUCGUUAAUGUCAAAAAAGUUAGACCAAAUUACCUAUGAAGACAAACAAGACCCUCAAGUAUUCAUGGUGACCUCUGUCCUUGAAAUCUUCUUGAAGUCAAUAUUUGUCGGCAUUUGUGUCACUGAUCAAGAAUCUAACUACUCCCACUAUGUCAUUUGGCCUUUACUGGAUACUGUUGUUGCCACUGUUGACGAGCUGAAGUUUCAUUGUGCUGAUGGCUGUAUUUCGGCUCUCAUUGAUGAUGUUCGCAUCGAGUUGGUGCUUCUGGAGGUGUCUGGUGCGUUUAAACUUGACGAUGAAAGCAGAUUUAUUAAGGAUCAUGUUAAAGCUGGAUAUGGAUUAAUUGCAAUACUCACCGAAAGUGCCUACACUUACAAAUUUGCUUCAUUUGAUGUAUUCACUACUAUUCGUAUCUUCUUCUUACAUGCAAAGAAAAACAAGUUGCGAUUCUGGAGUUUUGAGACGCUUGCCCCUGGUCUUUACGUGCUGAACUUGCUAAAUAGUGUGGUUAUUCCUGACAACUAUACUUCUUGUGAGCUACCAGUGGAGUCCCUUUGUAUUAAAUUGUGGAAUUUGCGAACCAUGAUUCAGCAAACAAUGACGGCCAUCGCUAACUUGAGAGAAUCUCACAUUGUUAACCAAAGAGCCUAUAAUCGUUCGCACAGACAGUUCCCUGACUUGAUGCCUACUUUGCUUACUGCUAGUUUGAAAAUCAAUCCCAAGAUAUACUUGAAUCCUUUGUUAUUUAUUUAUUAUCGUCAAGAAUUUGCUGCGAUUGUAUAA